GUUCGUGUUGACACCCGCAGCAGGCUGUAAUGGCUGAGAUAGACAUUGGGAAGCAUUGUCAGAUCGAUUCCUGCAGUCAGAACGAUUUCCUUCCAUUUGUCUGUGAGCUCUGCAGUGGUGUUUUCUGCCUUGAGCACAGAAGCAGAGAGGCCCAUUUAUGUUCAGAGGAGCCAGUGAAAAAGGUAUCCCAGACUGUGGGUGGCAGCACAAGUUACCCAUGCUCGUUUCAAGACUGCAAGGGAAAAGAACUGCUGCCUGUAAUAUGUCCGCAGUGUGAAAAACAUUUCUGUUUGCCCCAUCGUCAUCAAGAUGAUCACAAGUGUGAGAAGUUGGAGGUCCAAAAGCCUCGAAUGGCAGCCACCAAAGAGCUGGUGCAAAAGAUUGUUGAGUCAAAGGACGUAUCUAAAAGUAAAGGACGCAGAGGAGCAAAGAACAGUGCAACUGCAGCCAAGGUAGCAUUAAUGAAACUGAAGCUGCAUGCAGCAGGAGACAAGGGGCUGCCACAGACGGAGAGAACCUAUGUUCAGGUUUAUCUUCCUAAAGAAUCCAAAGACUCCAGCCAACCGAUGUUCUUCUGUUCAAAGUGGAGUGUGGGGAAAGUGGUGGAUUACGCAGCCUCUUUAGCUAGCCUCAAGAACAACAAUAAUGUACUGACAGCCAAGAAGCUGCGGUUAUGUCAUCCCCAGACAGGCGAGGCUUUCCAGAUGGACGACACCAUACUCUCGCUGCUGGCUCACCAAGAAACGCCGCUUUACAAUGGGGGAAAUGUGAUCUUAGAGUACCUGGACAAUGAGUGCUCAGGUCUGGAGAAUGUCUCUGACUACAUCACUCAGACUUGACAAACAAAUGACGAAUAAUGUUUAGAGAAUUCUGUAUGUCAUUUGUAUUUCUUUCAAUAAAAUACAUCACAUUGAAUCUGGGUUGAUCAUCAAA